AUGAGCUCGCCGCAGGAUCAUCGCUCGAGCAGCCCUCGAGUAGGCUCAUUCAAACGUCCCUCAGUACUCAAUGCCGAUAGCGACCCAUCACUUCUGGCCACCAGAGGCAGCGGCGCCUUGGUAUCGCUCAUCCGGAACCGCUCCAAUGCCACUCUGCGAGAGUCGCUCAAGAGCCCGGCCUACCACCAGCUAGGUCACGACGAAGAGGAACAUGAGAGCACCUCUCUGCUUGGCUUCCUGCACAGGGACUCGGACGAUGACCACCACCACCGCUCCGCCGCCGAGGAGCGCCGUCUAAGCGAACUCAUUUUCGGCCCUCAGAUGAGGAGCAUGCGCCUUAUCGGCAACAGCAACCCGCGCUAUCAAUGGGAGCGCUACUGGAAGACGGAGGCUGAGCUUGAGGUUAUGCCAAAGCAUAUCCGCGAAUAUUACGAGAGAAACAACGAUUUGAUUCGCAUGUACCUCUACAUCGACCAGCUCUUGGAUUCAUCCGUGCCCCACGAUCUGCUCAACGAGUAUCACCAAGCUCUAGACGCCUCGGCCUACCGCCCAGUCGAUGUCCCCCAGACCAUUACCGAGGAGUCGCCAACUCCCACCUCACCACCGUCCAGAAGCGGACUCACUUACGGCAGCACUGCUGCUUCAGCCCAAAACAGCAGCACGGAGCAGAGUAGUUCGGCAAACAGCAUACAGCAAAAGGCGAAACGCAAACCCAAGGACAUUUUUCGGUCCACCGAGGCGACCCCACUUCUCAGUGGCUCUGAUGAGGAGGAAGGUUUAGCCGAUCAGCCCAAGCCCGAGAUCCCAUGGCUCGAAGACUCCGACCUCGACAGCAGCGACCCCAUCGUCACUUUGGCCAUUUGGGUCAAUUUUAUCGCAAACGCAGCUUUGCUAAUCGGAAAGAUUCUUGUCGUCGUUUCGGUACCUUCAGUCUCAGUCCUGGCCAGUUUGGUCGACGCGGUUCUCGACUUUCUCAGCACCGCAAUUGUGUGGACGACAACUAGGCUCAUUGCCGCCAGCCAAAAUGACCAGCAUUCAUAUCCUGUGGGCAGACAGCGUCUCGAGCCUCUUGGCGUGCUGGUUUUCUCCAUCGUAAUGGUUACAUCCUUCUGCCAGGUCGCUCUGGAAGCUAUCCAGCGUCUCAUGUCGCCCGACCACGAAAUCGUUCAGCUCGGCAUCCCGGCCAUCUCCAUUAUGGUUGGUACCGUGGUGAUCAAGGGCUUGUGCUGGCUCUGGUGUCGUCUCAUCAAGAAUUCGAGCGUUCGGGCGUUGGCCGACGACGCCAUGACCGAUGUCAUUUUCAACACUGGCUCCAUUCUGUUCCCCAUUGUUGGCUACUUUGCCAAAAUUUGGUGGCUCGAUGCCCUCGGUGGUCUUCUGCUGUCUCUCGUCGUCAUCGUCAACUGGAGCGGAACCUCGAUGCAUCAUGUCCGAAACCUGACGGGCUUUUCGGCGACUUCGGAUGAGAGAAACCUCCUCCUUUACCUUACCAUGCGCUUCGCCACGUCCAUCAAACAGAUCCAGAAUCUGCGGGCUUACCACGCGGGCGACAAGCUCUUCGUUGAGGUCGACAUUGUUCUCAAUGCCAACAUGCCUCUGAAGGAUAGCCACGAUCUCAGUGAAGUUCUGACGUAUUUCCUCGAGUCGGUGCCCAUCGUCGACCGCGCUUUUGUGCAUGUCGACUACGCAACGUACAACGUUGACACGCACAUCACUUAA